UAGUAAGUUAGUAACGGUUUGACUAUUUUCCAUUUUGGAAAUGGCAUUGGCAACGGCAAGGGCAACGUCAUCUCUUGUUCUCUUCCACAAACCUACCAGCAAUUUCUAUUUUCAACAUUCCUCUGCUCCCAUCGCUUACAUCGAUAGUUCAGCUCGAUUUCGAAGAUGUAGCUCGAUCUUUCCUUUGAAUCGGAGGAGUCUUUGCUAUUCCUCUGCUCCUAAAACACAUGCUUUGAGAGAUGUCGGCAAAGAAGAAGGGUCUCAGGCGCUCGAGCAAGAUGCUUUUAUUAAUAAUCCGUCGAAUGAUUUGGUCUCAAGGAUCAACACCUUCGCUAAUCGUCUGAGCAAAUGGGUUGUAGUAGGUGCUCUGUUUGGAUCCAUUCUGUUUCUACGACAUGAUGGUGCAUCCUUGUGGGCUGUUAUUGGCUCACUUUCCAACUGCUUGCUUUCGGUUACUCUCAAACGCAUACUUAACCAAGAGAGACCGGUUGCAACAUUGCGUUCUGAUCCUGGGAUGCCAUCCUCUCAUGCUCAAUCCAUUUCUUUCAUCUCUCUCUUUACCCUCUUCUCUGUUAUGGAGUGGCUUGGAACCAAUCCACUCUCUCUCUUCCUUUGUGGCCUCAUCCUCGCAUUUGCUUCUUACUUUGUACGUCUCUCUCUUAAAAUCUAUACCACCAACACGAAAAAUCAUUCACACUCACGUUAAUUGUAUUCAGACAUGGUUAAGGGUGUCUCAGAAGCUUCACACGAUCAGUUAAGUUGUGAUAGGUGCCAUCGUGGGUUCUGUUUACUCCACCUUAUGGUACAUCACUUGGAACUCACUUGUUCUCCAAGCUUUUUCCUCAUCAUUCCCAGUACAGAUAGCCGUCUUUACGGUUGCUGCUGCAUCUUCCUUAGCUUCUGCAGUUUAUGUGUUAUCUAAGAAACAUAAAAGUUAAAAAUGCAUUGCUUUCCUUUGUUUCCA